CUUUAGAGGUCGAAUGUGGAACGUCCGCAAGAAGUAAGUCAUCAUCCAUUUGUUUGGGGAACAGUAUAUGCUCACCUGUGCUUCACAGUCCAUUUAACUGAGGCAAUCCCAACCUCUAUGCAAUAAUAAGUGACACCGUCGACGGUGUCCGUGGAGGGAAUUUUAAUUUGAACGUUUUCCUGAUUCAACAAAAGACACGCCAUCCUUCAGAGGAGCGAGCUUGACGAUCGUCGGUCUGGUACGUGGCAAGGAAUGUCACUGUUGUUCGAACGGGCCGAGAGGUUAUCCUGGAUCCGAGCGAGAGCUGUCAAUAUCGGCUGUUUUGCAUCAGAGGGAGGGACGAGUGUUAUCCGUUCGGUGCAUCGUACUCUCUUGUUUCUACGGUCGCGUCUUUUUCGCAGAUCCUUCUCUCGCAACGUAACGCAAUUUCAUCCAAGCGAACAUCUUUGACAGCGACUCAUGAUUCCGAAAACGUAUACGGUGCCGCCACCUCGCGGUCGUAUAGGCAACCGACGGAAACCGGAAUCCGAAUGUACAUGUUUUAACGACUCUUGGUUCUUCGUUUUAAUUUCCCGCUGGAAUAUAACAAAACACGUGUGCGUGCGAGGUGUUUAUGAAAAUCAAGAGAACACGAUUUUAUGAUUCCCAAUUAUAAUAUCUGGAAGGGAGCAGUCGCUAUUGAAGAAUGCUACUUGUUGCGCAGGCGAUUAAAUCGUAUUUCCUGAUAGAAGAACGUCGAAAUGGAAAGCAGACUCUUAUCAGGAGCAGAGAAUUCAAAUUUUCGCCGAACUUCCGGAACGUUCUCCAGAGCGACCAGUCGACGCCGCACCGCCAGCUGCCCGGGAGUCUGCAGGGUUCCCUGAGCUAUUCCCACAGCCACCGGCACAACCAUCUCCACAGACAUGAUCCACCGCCGCCACCGGCUUAUUGCGCCCCGCCUCCGCCUCCACCGGUGUCCUCUAGUUACCCCACAGUGCAGCGUGGCUGCGCCCUGCAUCCGAGGCUCGACCAGCCGGUGACCAGCUCGACGUCCGGAAUGGACAGCAAAAAGGUUGUCCAGGCGGCGCCACUUCCCGUACCUGUCCAGGUGCGCAGCAAGAACGAUGGCUCGGGGGUGGCAGCGUCGGUGUCCGGAGUCCGCAGACGGAGCGGCUCGCAGGGCUUGCGAUCGCCGGCCGCGAAAAGGCCGCUGUCUGCCCCGGUCGCCCUUCAGGGCUGGCUGCACAAACAGGGCUCGGAGGGUCUCAUGCUCUGGAAGAAACGGUGGUUCGUCCUAUCCGAGUACUGCCUUUUCUACUACAAAGGCCCGGAAGAAGAGAAGCUGCUCGGCUCGAUACUGCUUCCGUCGUACCGGGUCACCGUCUGCAAGCCCGAGGACAAGGUUAACAGGAAGUUCGCGUUCAAAGCGGAACACGCGAACAUGAGGACCUACCAUUUCGCGGCGGACAGCCGCGAAAGCAUGAACCAAUGGGUGAACGCGUUGACUCUGGCGACUCUGCUUCAGGAUCCUAGUCCCGGAGCGGGCGAGGCAGCAGUGGUGAUCGAGAUAGCCGGGCAGCAGGACGGCGAGCGCAGCGCUCGGCCGAGCGUGUCCUCGAUCUCGUCGAUCCUGAACCAGAGCGCGGACGACAGCGACUCGGGUUUCCACGGGUUCCAGUCCCGGGACGAGCCGAGCCACGCCUCGAACAACAACUCCAGCCCGAACAGCGUGAACACGGCGUCCUUCCCGAACCUGAGCGGCAGCAACGGCAACACGAACACGAACAACGGGAACAACAACGCGAACAGCAACGUGGCGAACGCGGCGAACAACAACGCGAACGAGGUGCAGCCGAUGGUGAACGGUUGGAUCCAGCAACAGCAACAACAGCAGCAACAACAGCAGCAGUAUAAUCAAUCGAGCACGUCGCAGCAGUACGGCCAGCUGAUGCAGCCUGGCCAGCAGAUGCAACAGGUCUACCCUCACCAAGCCAUGCUGCACCAGCACAUUCCGCUGCAGAACGCGGGGCAGGCCCACCAGGCCCACCAGCACAAGCUGCAGCAGCAGCAGGCCCAGUCCCCGGUCACGGUGCAGACCGUCCAGCCGAUGCCCAGGAAGUUCGGCCAGCCGAUCUACGCGAACGCGCCGCCCAAGCCGCGCAGGCUGACCGACGGCUCCACCGAGUACUCGACCCCGUCGCCUGACCCCGACUACCGGAAGUCCCCCGUCUCGCCCGACGUCACUAUGACCAGCAAGAGCCCGAUGUCCGACUACGACCGCGGCAGCGUCAUCUACGGGACGAGGAUCGGCAGCCAGCCAGCUCAGCAGAACCUGCGCACGGACAAGUCCGGACUGACUUACGGCUACACGCAGCCGCAGAACGAGAGACGCACGCCGGACACUUAUGGCCGCAGCGCCGCUAAGCCCAGGUCUUCCGGAAGGGGAAACGGGGACUACGAGGAGGUCUACGGCGCGCCACAGCUGUACCAGAGACCCGCUGGGCCUGUGGGCUACUCCAAGGGAGCCUCUCCGGCGCCUAUUCCUAUACCGCUCUAUGCUCAACAGCAUCAGCAGUAUCAGCAUCAGCAGCAGAUGCACUCGCCAGCUGCUAAUUUAGCCGUGAUGAGGCAGCCCAGAGCGCAGCCCCCGCCAAGGCCACACAGCGCCGACUUCCUCGAAUACGAAGCGACCAGGAGGCCACAGCAGCAAAUGCCAACGCACUGCGACGAGACGUUCAGCCAGCAGAGGCGUCCGCAGAGGCCUAAAUCGAGCUUGGACAUCGUCACGCCGUCGGACACGGCCAGCGACGGUUACUUUUAUUCCGAAGAACGAUACGCGGCGCAGAUGCGGCAGUCGGCGGUUUAUCUCCACCAGGCGCCGCAGCACCACCAGCAACAAAGGAACCAAUCGCUGUCCCGGGCGACAAUGCCGCCGAAAGUAACGGGGAUCCGCGAGAGAGCCGACGAAAGUAGAAUAGCAACGCUGCCGGAGGCUUCUUGCUCCGGGCUGAGGCGCGGACAGCGCGAACACGUUCAUCAGCAGCACGUGAUGUCGCAUCAAUCGCUCCAGAGGCACACCGAAGUGACCAGCAGCGAGGCGAAGCUGCGGAGGUCCUUGCGAGAGAAGAGCUACGAGUCGAGCAGCCGGGAGCUGCUGGGCCACAUAGAGGACGGCACGGUCCCGCGGCGAAUUCCACGGGAGUACGAGGGGUGGGGCAGGCCAUCGAGCCACACGAGCCAAGGGACUCACGUGGCGCAGACGUGUCACGCGCCUCGUGCCUCCGCCAGGCGAUGGAACGAGCAGCAGCAACAAUUCUGCAGGUCCGCGUCCGCGCGGCUACCGAGGACCCGCCACCCUGCAGCCCUCGACCCCGACGACGACGACUACGGCGAACGAUCCUCCGAGCAGGACUCGAGGGACGGUGAACGCAAGAUCCAGCAGCGCGAGGAGUCGAUGAAGCGGCUGCUGGAAUGGAAGCAGCGGAUGCUGCAGUCGCCGUUGACCCGAAAGCCGUCGGGCUCGGCGAACAGGGGCCGCGCUCAGAACGAGUUGUCCAGCUACUACAAGCAACAGGCUCUGCUCGAGCUGGCCGCGCACGAGGCGUCGGUCGCGGAGGGCCGGCACUCGAGGCGGCGCGAGGACGGCCACCGUCCGCACGUCCGCAGCAAGAGCACCGACGGACGCCGGACCGUCGCGAACGUCUCGCGAUACAACAGCUACUCCAGCGACGACGAAGAGCUGGGAGAUGUCCGGAGGAAGCGCACGCGCAGACCCUCGCAUGCAGGAAGGAGCCCCCGGCAGGUCGGGGACAAUCGUUCAUCGGGGAUUCCGGGACAAGACGCCGUCCCCGGAACAACCGGCCGCCACAAUCAGGGCGCAGCCCGCGCGUCUAACGAACGGAGACAGAGUCCUUCCGGUCCCCUGCUGCCAAGCUUAGGCGGGAUACCGCCGGACGCCGGCUACGAGGAGGUCAGCUUCGUCUCCGCGCGUCGGGCUGACCGUUCCCCGUCGUAUCCGCUCGCCGAGCCGAGACCGGCGAGAAGCGAGCAAGAGCAGCUGGACGUUUCGUUCGAGGAGGACAGGUACAAGAAGAAACCGUCCGGGAUCCUGAAGACCUCCACGGCGUACGGCGCGGCGACCGAGCAACCCGCGAAGCCUCCGACGACCGGAUACGCGACCGACACGUGGCCGUCGCAGAAAACCGUUCAGUGGACCACGAAGAAAGAGCGAGACGACUGGGACUCGAACAUCGACGAGAGCAAAGUGAUCAAAGAGUUCUCCUACCAGUACAUCAGACCGAAGGAAGAGCUGGAAUCCAAAGAGCAGGAGAUGCCGGAGUCGAUGAACCUGGUGCAGUGCAGGAUCAGGUCCUUCGAGCUGAGCAUGGACGGCUCGCACGGCUCCACGCCGGUGAAGGAGGUGCUGGCGAUGCAGGAGCCGCUGAAGGUGUCGCCGCUGCAGACGACGGAGGCCCACGUGUCCAGGCUGGACUCGGCGAAGAAGCCGUCGCCCUGCAUCCGCAGCUUCGCGCUGGGCGAGCAGGAGUCGCAGGAGGCCAGGCUGAUCAGAGGCGUGAAGGACGGGCACGCGAAGCAGCCGUCCACGGACAGCAACAAGUCGGUGAAGGACCUGCUCGCCGACUUCGAGAGAAAGUCGCAGCAGGUGCAGAGGCAGGAGUACAACAGGCGGCAGGAGGUGAAGCACCGGGGCGUCUUCAGCGACUCGGAGGCGCUGCUGUACGACACCGGCAGCGACCUGGAUCAGAGGGACAAGAGCGAGGAGGCUAGGGACGAGGCGAUGAACGAGCUGGAGCGGCUGGCGCCGGAGCUCGACGAGGACAGCUUCUACACGGACACCGUGAAGAAGAAAGACUCGUUCAGACGGAAGCGGCCGUCUUCCAGGGAGAGCAUCGAGGAGGCGAUUCCCCAGGAGGACCUGGACAUGAACCCGAGCUGCACUAGGUUGAGCGUCACCGAGUCCCUGUUAACUCACGGCGACCAGUUCUCCGGGGAAAGCGGGACGCCUAGUCCCACGAUGAAGCAAGAGGAGCUGUGCCCGGAGGAGCAUUACCUGCCGAUGUCGCCGCGGAAGGCCAUCCUGGACCCGAACUGCGACGACCGGCCCAACCCGAAGAUGAUGGAGAGCCUGUUCGCGAACCUGGCGCACGAGGAGAGCUCCUACGUGGAGAUGGCGCAGAACGGGAUCGCCAGGUCGCUGCUGGCGCCUGAUGAGGACAACAGGAAGCUGGACUCGGGAGACUACUCCACGCUGGACACGCCCCACUACGAGUUCGUGUGCGUGUCCGACAGCAAGAUGGAGCCGGUCUACAUGGAGGUCAGCCAGCUGUCGGAGAAGGAGGAGGAUAGCGGCAAGGCGUCGCCGAAGAAGAGGACAUCUCACGACGAGCAAGUUCACUCGAGGACUGAUCUACCGGACAUACUGUCCGCCUUGAAAACCGACAGCUCAGAUGCCGAUGACGAGUCUUCGAAGGACCUGGACUCCAUAGACGCGCCCAGGCACCCUAGAUUCAGCUUGUCGGACACCUUCAGGCCAGCCUCUUACUACCUGGGCGCCAGUCGAGGAACCAUGAUCGCCGAGCUGCACGACUCGUCGGACAGCGAGCUGGUGUCCCCGCCGCCCAUCCCCACGUCCCCGCCUCCUCUUGACGACCUGGACUCGCUGGACAUGCAGGACUCGCUGGAGAUUAAGAAAGUGUCGCCGCAGGUCGCGGUGACCAGGGACAACGGCUCCAGCAGGGACUCCCCGAAGUCCUGGAACAAGCCCAUGGGGCAGGUGGAGACGCACAGGAGCCCGUCCAGGUUCUCGGACGCGACGAUCAGCUCGACCUUCAGGGACAGCCGGAUUUCACUGGAGAGCGCGUCGGGAAGCGACUCCGUGGACCUCAGGACGCCGGAGGAAGAGGCCAGGCAUAGGCAGCUGAAGACCAGACCGGUCAGCGAGGUGUGCGAGGUUCUGGACAGCCUGGACGAGCUGGAGUCUCUAGGCAGUCGCUUCGAUGGAGCUAGUAUCGACCUGGACCAGUACUUGGAGGAGCUGCAGGCUCGGGACGCUUUCAACGUCGACCUGUACGCGAAGGAUCUGAGCUACAACAGCAUCUACGGGUUCAACGAGAACAUGAUGGUGGUGGACAAGCUGCAGAAGACCACCUGCCACGACCUAGCCAGGCGCGUGAACCUGGGUCUGUCCGGGCUCGAGCAGUCGCUGCGCUACGACGCCGGGAAAAUGGGUUCGGCCAGCAGCCUGCCGUCCAUGAGAGUCUGCGACGUUGUCCCUCCGUCCCAUCAGCACUCGCAGUCGUUCACCGGCGACGCGCAUUACGAGAACAUCGUGAGCUUCUCGCCGCUGAGGUGCUCCCCCGCGAUACGCUCCGAUAACGAGCAGACCCGCGACUCGCACAGACUGCGCAGGAGCUCGCAGAACAACCUCCUGUCGGCGUCGCACAGCAGAGACUCCAGCUACUCGAUGGCUUCCGGCGUGGCUUCGGUGUCCACGUCGAUGGCUUGCCAGCGACCCGCCAGCGCGCAGUCCUCGAUGCACUCGCCCACGGGGUCGACCGGUCUGGGCGGCCACGCGGGCAACCUGCUGGCGAACGUGCUGCGCACCGCCAGCCCGUACUCCGAGCAGCGGUUCCAGAGUCACUCCCGGUCAGCCAGCCAGGACUCGGCCCGCUACUCGAUGAUAUCGAACCACAGGUCCUCUUCCAGCCAAGACUCCAGUCACUAUCCCAGCUCGUCCACGGUGAAGGCCAGUCCGACGCCUCAGUCCUACCUGCCCGGCGAGGUGGCUCGUCCUCAGAGCGAGCAGUCCGGCGCUCCUUACUACUACUCCGACCUCCAGGCGAGCGUCAGCCAGUCGGAGGCUGAGGCGUCGAAGCCCAUCGGACACACGUCGCGGCUGCCGCAGCUGAACAAUCAGAGGGACGACGCGUCCGCGCUGAACAAGCGCAACGACAUCGGCCGCAUAGUGAACCCCAUCGCCAGGCAGAUGCCCAGGCAGAUCCAGGUGGAGGACAUCGACGAAGCCAGGCGCAUCGCGGCCGAGCUGAGGAAGACCACCUGCCAGCUGCUGGGCGACAACAAGGCGGACCUGGUGGACAAGAAGAACUUCUACGAAGCCGACACUCUGAGGCGGGUCAAGUCCACGGACCCGCUGCCCGACAUCUCCACCGCGGAGAUCAACACCAGGAACCUCUACCCCCAUGGACUAAGAGACAAAUCGAACGACCAGAACAAUCGCGAGAUAUUCGAGCUGAUCCAAGUGGCGCAGACCUCGCACCGCAGGUCGAGAUCAUUAGAGGGCCUGCUGGACGACGUUGGUCUGCAGAAUCUAGUGGAGCAACGGAACCGAAGCAACAGGACGCUGACCAGCGCGCAAACGAGUCAAGCGGAGGAGACGCCGAGGAACAUAGUCGACGGGACCAUGGUCUCCACGUCGGACGACCACUUCGCCGUGGAGGAUCCCUGGGAGCAGGACUCGCUCUGGAGGGAGAGCCUGCGCAGAGUCAGCCUGAGGAACGCCAGGUCCCUAGACAACCUGGACAGCCCCAGAAGACCAUCGGGAUCAUCGACGGACUCGAAAGGCAGGAACAAGAUCACCCGAGGAGCGACCUACGUGAACGACAGCGUGAUUCUCCGCCGGGAGAACUGCCUGGAGGACUGCGAGCGGCCGCGAGUGAAGCGGCGCGGGAACAAGGAGCAAUCCGGCGCGAUGGACGAUUUAUCGUACGAGAGCCUGUCGAUGGACAGGAUCCACGCGGGCGGGUACGUGUGGGACGCGCGCAACGAGGCGUACCGGAAGGCCACGUCCGCGGAGGCGAAUCAUUUUUUAGAGGAUGGCAACCUUCCCCCGAUUCGGCUGAUCUCGGAGGUGGAGACGGAGGAGUCCGCGGCCACUGGCGCGACGACAGCCGAGGCCGAGACGGCCGCCAGCGCCACGUCCGCGGGCCCGUUCGAGCUAGAUCGAGAGAAGCUACGCCAGUGGGACCUGUUGUCGAGCGCCUGCUUGCUCCAGGAACAGCAGCGCGGCUCGAUGGCGGACUCGGGGCGAGGGUUGCCACCAAUCCUACCGGCGGAACGGCCUGGAGGCGUUCCCGAUCCACGGAGCAGCGGUCGCGCGGCGAUUGGCACAGGCAUCGCCGCAGGGACGACCGGGAUCUCGGGCAUGCCGGACUCACGGGAGUCGAAGGCGACAGAGACGGAGGCGACGACACCGACGAUCGCGACACAGUCGAUGAUGAUUGGCCAGCAGGAGCCGGCGGCCGCCAUCGCGGACGCGAUGGUUAAGAGGCAGGAGCUGAACGAGACCAAGGAGGCUUGUAACAGGGCUACAGCUUCCGGAUCCGGGUCGGUGAUAGGGAGGGACCCGCUUCCGCCGAGGGCGGUGAGCACGUCGCAGCUGGCACAGAACACGCAGACCCAGCCGCCGGCGCCGGCCGGCGUGUCGACCCUUCCGCUGCCAAGGGGCAACGCCUCGCACAGGCAGCCCCUUCCGCUUCAUCAGUCCACCCCGCAGUCGGUGAGACAGUCGGACAACGAUGUGACCGUCGGCUCUCAGAUUCUGCGAGCUGCUAGCAGCGGGGACAUCGGCACUAGUUCUCCCUCCAUGCUGAACAGCAACGAAGGGAAGGACCUGAGGUUAACGUCGCCGGGCGGCCAUUCCACUCAACGACUGAUCAGCCCAGCCGGACCCUUAAGGGUCGUUUCUUUAACCGACCAUCGAGUCUCCAGCCCCAGCGACAGCGAUAUAAGAGUUCACAGCCCAAGUAUGUACACAAUCUCCUUGUCCCUCCUCCCAUCCUCCAACCGUGUACCUUAUCAAUUUCUGUCCACCCUCGACACCAGCAACGUGGCCGCCGCGACCGCCGCCGCCGCCGCCGCCGCUGCCGCUGCCGCCGCCGUCGUCGGUUCCCAUCGAUCGGAACAAGCUGCCGGCUACAAGCUGCCGCAACCCGGGAACCAGGGCCUGGUACGCGUGUCCGCCGGCGAGUUACUCGGCAGGACCCACGAGGAGCUGGUGCUCCUGCUGAUCCAGCUAAGGCGGCAGAACGCCACCAUCUACAAAGCGAUGGAGCACUGCCACAUGGAGAUCGAGGCUCAGGCUAGAUUGCUCGAGCUCGACACUCCUCGACGAUUGGAGAAUCUUCAGAAGCUGGAGGAACUGAAGAAACACCUGAUGGAUCUCGAGAAGCAGUACGAGAAGGGCAAACCACUGGUGAACCUCGUGGACAACAUGGUGAAGCUGGGUUCACUGUACAACCGGAACACUGCCAACGGGACCAGCAGCGUCACGGGAUCGCGGCACGACCUCGUGCACGACAACUCCAGGGAUCAUCGGUUGGAGUUCAACCAGAAGGUGCAGGAGCAACGACUGCUGGCCGAGGAGCGACGAGACUGGGACAGGCUGAGUCCUGAUCAUGGACAGCUGCAGGCCAAGGUGCAGCAGCUCUACAAGCUGGAUCGUUUGCUCCAAGAGGAAUCCGGAACGCUGCACAGUCUUCAGCAGGACAAGGAGAUCUUAGAGAAAGCGCUCGGCGGUCUGCGGCACAAGCUGCAGGGCAGCAGGAGCAACUUGGCGGAAGCCGAGCGUUACCGGAAGCAGCAGCUGAUGCUCGAGCGGGAGCUGAGCAGAGUGAGGGUGUUGCUCGCGCACAAUUCCAAGGUAGAGCCGGUAUUCUUCCAGAAGCUAGAGGAGACGGUCGCCGAGAAUGCCAGGCUGGAGCAGGACCUGGUCGUGCUCAGGCAGAAGCUGCAGGCCUCGAGGAGGUACGCCGGCAACAUGGCCAGGGACACUUCCGCUACCACCGGUCCCCUCGAGGCGGAGCUCAGGAGAGUUCAGCAGCUGGUCGGCGACCUUCAGAGGCAACGGAAGGAACUCAGCGUGCAGGUCAGGCAACUGACCGAGAAGUCGCACAGCUUGGUGCAGCAGAUUCGACCGCAACCACCGUCGGCUCCGCAAGUGCACCAGCCGAAGAAGAGGACUCAGAACUCCUGGCUGGAGACGGAUCUGGACUCAGGGAUCACUCUGGACCACGGUCUGGACUCGCCCUCGAGUCCCGCUCCGUCGACGUCGCCGCGCGGCAAGCAAAAUGGCGUCCCCUAUCCUCAGUUCAGCUCGCCGACGCAGAUGAAGGACUCGUCGCCGACGAACCGCCAGCAGAAUCAUCAGCCCUACGUCCAACCGAUGCAGAACCAUCAGCCGUACUCGCAGAUGCCGCAGAAUCACAUUUCGACGCUGUCCCCGCAGCUGCGCGAGCAGAUACAGCAGCAUCAGCUGAAGCAGCAACUGCUGAAGGAUCAGAUGCAGGGCAAGGGCAGCUUGAUGCAGGUGAACGUCGCGCCGUUGUACGUGAACACGGACACCAGGGCUCAAGAAAACAAGCUCGACGAGAAGUUACCUAACGGGACGCCGAUCCCCGCGCCGGAAUACGUCCCGCCCCCGCCGCCGCCGCCACCCUUAAACGAGGAGGCACUGGGGAAUGAUAAUUACCGGCUGAACGAGGACAACAAGUUCGCCGGCUUGAUGCACAACCGUGAGAAACAGGAGAUCAAGACCGUGCGAAUCGUGAAACGAGAAUCGGAGAGACGGCAACGCGAUCGAGGCGAUAGGACCGGGAACAUCGGGAUCCCGCUGACCAACGGGCUGCAGGCACCUGGCGGCGCGAAGAGACUGUGCGACGAUGAUCUGGGCGGUUCGCAGAAAUUCGAGAAGGCCCAGUUGGGAAGGGUGGUGGAGGAAUCGCCGAUGAUUCACGCGCAGAGCACGGUCCAGCUGACGGAUUUGGACGACGUGCAGUUCCAACGGAGCAUGUCCCUGCCGCGCGGUUUCGGCGGCCAACGGCAGCAACAGCCCGAGAUCCAUCAGGGUCCGGUGGUACCACCGCCGAGGAGCGACAGUAUGCACGCCCUGAGGAGCAUGUUGGCACGACGAAACAAAGUCAGGUUCGAAAGUCAGGACGGCAGCUCGGACAGCACUUUGUCGCCGUACACGGAGAGCCUAGGCUCGAGCUCGCACGCGGCGAUCAGCUCGCCGAAUUACUCGACCAGCCCGCCCUACAGUCCGUGCCAUCAGAAUUACCCCGGCCAGCAGAUGUCCAGGCCCAACCAUCAUCAAGUCCAACAGCAGCAGCAGCAACAGCAGCAGUACUACCAAUACAGACAGUACGAGAGCCCGAAAACGGAGAGUCCGCUGGAUCAUCCGAUCAGCCCGGAAUUACCCGCGAAACCGGACGCGCAGGAGAGACAGUUCGGAUCCACGUUGACGGUGAACACUUCCUGCUCGCCGCAGUUGUCGCCGGUGUUCAAGAGCGAGGCGGCGAAACAGAUCAUCAAGGAGAUGACGGAGAAGAAGGUCGAGGGGCCCAGGCGGCGGCAGAUCCCGCGCGAGAAACGCCGCCAUUAUACCGUGUCCAGUAGCAAACCCGUCCUCGACUUAGAAGACACGUUCUCGAAGAUGGGAAUGGGCAGAGCGAGGGAUGACCUUGACAUGGAACGCGCGCUGAGGCCAAGGAUCAACGCUCCGGAUGUCGUUAGGUCGACGUUGAGCCACAAGGAACUCAAGUACAACGAGAGCACCAUCGAUCAGCUGCUCGGCACGCCGAACAAGAUCGUUAUCCCUGAGAGAUACAUUCCUGAGCAGACGCCAGAGUUAACCGCGGAGGAACAAGAGCAACGAUUGAAGAAGGCGGAAGCGAUCAGGAAAAUGCUGUCCGAGACAACGGUGACCGCGUCAGAUGGAAAUGAUGACAAUAUUAACGUCGAACAAUCAGACAACUUGAAGAGGAAGGUGGUCGAGGAGAAACGCCAGAGGGAUCACAUACUCCAGCUGAAUCAAAUACUGGCGAAGCAAGUCAUGGAGAAAAGUAAAAUGGUAGCUGUGAAAGCCUUGGCCACGCUUCCUCUAAAAACCGAAUCGAGCUUAGAAGACGAGGACCUCUCGCCAGUAACGCCAUUGCCACUCUACCAGCAGAGGGAGAAUUAUUACUCGUAAGACUAAAGCAUCCCCCGUGGGCACUACCAAAACAA